AUGGCUCAAUUCAUGAAGCCCAAAUUCGCUCGAGCGCCCAUUAAAGAAGCCGGUCGAGUAGCCUACUUGGGGGAGUCGUCAAACCUAUCAUUACUGGUCCAUGAUCGGCAUGGUACCACUGAUGUGGUUCACUACCCCUUACCUGAGAACAUCAGGGGCGCUCGCGCUCGCCUAACGGAGCCGGACCAGAUGGAAAUAGAGAUCCUGCAGCAAAGGGGGGCAUUCCUGCUUCCACCUCGUGCGUUGUGUGAUGAGCUCGUCGACGCUUACUUUCGAUGGGUCGCUCCUAUUGUGCCAGUCAUCAAUCGAAGCCGGUUUAUGAAGAGAUAUAAGGAUACAAAGAACCCGCCGUCGUUGCUGCUGCUGCAGGCCAUCUUGCUGGCUGGUUCCAGGGUCUGCACUAAUCCGCAACUGAUGGACGCCACUGGAUCGACCACGCCGGCUGCAAUGACUUUUUACAAACGCGCCAAGGCCCUGUACGAUGCAAACUAUGAAGAUGAUCGAAUUACCAUUGUCCAGGCUUUGAUAUUGAUGGGCUGGUACUGGGAGGGCCCCGAAGGUAAGGGCCUGGCGGUCACCGAAUAUGCCGACGUCGCCCGAUCUAACAUUGCAGCAGAUGUGACAAAGAAUGUAUUUUAUUGGACCAGGGUGGCCAUUGUCGUUGCCCAAGGUGCAGGAAUGCACCGAAGUGUGGAAAGUUCCCAGUUGAGUAGGCAAGACAAGCGACUAUGGAAGAGAGUAUGGUGGUCGCUUUUCACGAGAGAUCGAUCAGUAGCGGUGGCCCUCGGCCGGCCGGUUUCCAUCAACACGGACGAUUCGGACGUCGAGAUGAUCACGGAGGAAGACUUUAUCGAAGACGAGGGAGACCCGAACAAUGAUUAUCAGGCCGAUCCAGUGCACAUCCAGUUCUUCUUGCAGUAUGUCAAGCUCUGCGAGAUCAUGGGUCUCGUGCUUUCCCAGCAAUACUCGGUGGCCUCCAAAGCUCGUCGAACCAACGCGAUCGAUCUGACUCACAGCGACAUGGCGUUGGCGGACUGGUUGCAGAAUUGCCCUCGCGAGGUUUACUGGGAACGCUCACGCCAUCAUUUCUGGUCCGCACUUCUGCAUUCCAACUACUAUACCACCUUGUGCUUGCUGCACCGAGCCCAUAUGCCGCCGGCAACGGCAAAACCCCACGACUAUGAAAAUGUUGACAUGGCUUAUCCUUCGAGGACGAUCGCUUUCCAAGCUGCCGGAAUGAUAACCUCAAUUAUGGAAAACCUCCUUGCUCACGACCAAGUCAAGUACACGCCUGCGUUCAUCGUGUAUAGUUUAUUCUCUGCACUCAUUAUGCAUGUCUAUCAAAUGCGAUCUUCGGUACCAUCUGUUGUGGCUGCGAGUCAGGAGCGCAUCAACGUAUGCAUGAACGCGUUGAAGGAGGUGUCCAAAGUGUGGCUUGUUGCCAAAAUGGUCCACACCCUUUUCGAGUCCAUUCUCGGGAACAAGGUGCUGGAGGAGAGGCUCCAGAAGGCCACAGGGAAGAAGGCUCAAAGGGCCAAAAUCAACCAACGCGAUCAAGGUCAAAACCAAGCCAAUGGCAAUUCGAACGGGAUGGCAAGCGCCACACCUAUCCCCGCGCCGCCGCCAGCACCGCCGGCAAAUCCAGCCAAGCGCAAGUUCGAUGACAUCGACCUUGCAUUUAAUGUUGGACCACCCGCCCCUCAAAUGUCGUAUGAGCGGUCCCGGCCUCAAACACCCGCCGUGACGCCCUCUCGCGAGAUACCUCCACCACAGCAGCACAACUAUUUGGGCUCACCUCCACUGCAGAACGAACAAUAUCUUCCCCCCUCCCGGUCUCGAGGCGCAUCACGGUUGCCAUCGCGAGGGCCUACGCGGGCCAACUCCCCGUUCAAUGGGUAUUCGAUCCCUGCGACGCCGCCAGACUUGUUCCUAGUCACCAGAGACUCGCCAAACAUUUCACAACAACUCUGGGAGAACUUCCAGCCGGAUCAGCUAUUCCCCGAUGGCACGAUUGGGGAUGUUGUAGGGUUUAGCACAAGUCCCAUCCUGAAUCAUGCGGUGGAUCCUCAACUACAGCAACUGCAGGGACAGCAAACAGGUAUGGCAGGAGGCGGGCAACCAAUUCCACAUAUAGAUGUAUCAGGGCAAGGACCGCAGCCUCAAGUAUGGCCUCCCGGAAUGCAAGGGAUGAUGGGGGCAGGCAUGGAACUGCCAGACAGUGACGGAUGGUCGACGAGCUCACUCGGAAACGCACCUGUGGCGCCUACGACGCUCAACGUGGAGGAUUGGUUCCAAUUCUUUGGGAUCAAUGGCGAAAUGGCCGGCAUGACCAUGGACGGGACGUAA